CAGAUGGAGUGGAUGGAUUGCCCCAAAAAUAUAGGUGUGGAGAGCAAUUAUAUGGUGGUAUGGCCAGAAACGAAGCACAGGGAGUGGAGGAGUAUAAUAGGGGUAAAAGUGGUGAUCAGAUAAUGAUAGGGGCUCACAGGGAGAUCAAACUCAAAAUCCACCACUCUGAGGAGUCUUCUAGGGUUUUCAAGGUCGUAGAAGACAAUGGUAGGAGUUUGGGGACGAUCAGAUAAGGAUUGGGUGAGAUAUGGCACUAAUAAGGCCAAAAAAGCGUCCAAAAUGAGGUUCCAAGCAACAAAGGCUUAUAGGGAGUGAUCCAGAUGGAAUCAAAGCAAACAGAGAUGAUAGAGAGGGUUAUCAGAGACCCAGAAGACAAUUUGCAAGAGAGAUAAGCAGUAGGGUGCUUGGAUGAUGAGGUAU